GAUUACGAGCGCGUCCACAGCGCGUCGCGGCGCCUUGUCUUCUACCACGAGCGACCCGCGACGGGGUCAGGGCUACUCAGUGUCAGCACCUCAAUUUAUACAACACACAAACGGCCGCCACUCACUCUUUUGUGAACCCUCAGCAACGACAUUACCAAACACCGUUGCAGUAUGUCUUCAAGAGAAUCCGAUCGAAUUACAGCUGCGCAACAGACCCUAGACAUUCUGUACGAUAUAUCGCAGCUUCUCAACACAGGGCUGGACAAAGAGACCCUCGCUACGUGUGUCAACAUGAUUGAAGGCGGCGUUAACCCCGAGGCAUUGGCGGCAGUCAUCCAGGAAUUACGUAGAGAAAGUCAGGCCUUGUCUGGCAAGCCAGCAACCAACGGUAGAUAGUGUCGACAUGUCGCGUUCGGUGCAGCGCUGUAAC